GAAACUAGAGAGAAACAGCUCUCUCUUUUUGGCUCCUUCCCCCAAUAAGUCUCAGUCUUUGGCAUUCCUUAGAGCAGAACUCGGGUGACAAAUCAGAGAGGAGCAUCAGCCAUCCAUCCAGACUGCUGACAUCCUGAACGCUUGUUCUCCUUUUGCAUCUUUCAAUUCUGGCCAAAGUCAGAAACAUUUCUCUCUCUGGCAGAGACACAACAAUGGUUUGUGUCCCAGAAUAAAGGGCUGCUGGUCCUAGUUCUGAGAGUGGACUGCCUGUGAGGAAAACUGGGAGAGAAGAUGACAAGGAGGUCCAGAAGUCGCAAGCCCAGGACUGAGGUGGGCACCCGGUCGGACUUGCCUCAUCCCUCACCAUUGCGAUCCAAAGCCUUGCUGCUAUUCCCAAAGGCUGUCGGCUACCAUCCCAACCUUUGCAAGGAGGACCCUGGAACCAUCCGCCAGAUCACCUGCAAACAAGGCUGCUUGGCUAUAGUGAAGACGGACAGGACCGUCAUCGUUUAUGACAGGGCAGAGGACGGAAGAUGCCAGGGGAGUCUCAAGCGUAUCAAGUUAAGCAAGGGGGCCAAGGUGGAUUUGCUAGAUGCUGAAGCAUCUCACCUGCUCAUUCUCUCAUCAGAAGGAAAACUUUCUGAGCACAGUAUUGUAUCCAGAGGUGUUCAUUCAAAGCCCAGGUUAUUGAAAGAAUUGGGAGACAAACGCAUCAUCCAAAUCGCAUGUGGCGACCAUCAUUCCCUGGCAUUAUCAAAAGGAGGAGAGCUCUUUGCCUGGGGUCAGAAUGACUACGGCCAGGUUGCAGCGAGAAGGGAGAUCAACGCUGUUAAGGAACCACGACUUGUGUGGGAGCUCGAAGGCAUCCCUUUGGCCAAGAUUGCAGCUGGAUCUGCUCACAGCGUGGCCCUCUCUGUGUUUGGAACUGUCUAUUCUUGGGGAAAGAAUGCUUUUGGACAGCUGGGCCUUGGAGACACAGAAGACAGAUGCUCCCCUACAAUCGUGAAGGCCUUAGAGCACGAGAAGACAGCGUUUGUUUCGUGUGGCGGGGAACAUACCGCCGUUCUCUCGAAGGAUGGAUUAGUCUGCACCUUUGGAGAUGGCAGCUGUGGACAGCUUGGCCACAACUCUAGGCGCAAUGAGCUGUUACCACGACUUGUAGCUGAGCUAUUUGGUGCUCGGGUGUCUCAGGUGGCCUGUGGAAGGUGGCAUACUCUUGUCUACAUCGCGGACCUGGGGGAAAUCUACUCAUUUGGAUCUGGAGCAAAAGGGCAGCUUGGACAGGGGGCGGAAUGUGACCGACUGAUACCUCUUCCUAUUGGCAGAGAAUUCAACAAGGUAGGGGACACGUCAGAGGAGCUGGUUAAAAUCAUCGCUGGAGAGAACCAAAGUAUUGUACUUCUUUUAAAGGAAAAGAAGUCAUACGCAAAUUUAAACCGAACAAUUGCCAGAGUGGAGGAGGAAAAGACAGAUAAGUGGGUUUCUAAUUCAGAUCCCAAUUGCUGGCAGACUAUGAAACAGGAUGUAAAGUUGAUCUUCUCCUCAGCAGCUUGCAUCAACGGAAGCUUUGUGGAAAAGAGCAGGACGAAACAUUUCAGGACACCUCAGGAGGUUGCGGCUGUGGACAUGUCCGCUGUGUUACUUUUCCAUGAGAAGAUUUCUACUAAGCCUAAAGUCUUCACAGCGGUGAUAAAUGCCCUAAAGAUACUCCUGCAGUCUGUCCUUGACUUCCCUGGCUCUCCUGAAGCGCUCAGAGUCUUCCUCAUUGUGCCCGUACUCUUACGGAGGGAGGACAGCCAGUCAGAUCAUCUCCUCCUUGAACUGGCACAAGUCAUAUGGUUUCGCCCACUGAAAGAGAAGCAAUUGCUUGAAUCUUUGUGGGCCAACCUAGAAAUUGCCUUCUUCAAGGAUCUGGUGAGCAUUUAUCAGAGACUUGCCACUGCCAAGCUGUCUUCUCUCACUGAACGUAGAAGAUAUCCUGAGGAAACACUCCAAGUUGUUUUGCUUCUCCAUGUCCUCCGAAUGCUUUAUGAGGUAAAUUGUAGAAGAAGUUUCAGAAUCCAGGAAAGCAACUUCCACAUCCCUGAAGUGAUAAAAAUGCUGGCUCUUCCAGAUAUUCUUGAAGGAGCUAAGUUGCUCAGAGAACUCUUCAAGUUCCCUUUUAUCUUUGAGAUGGAAGUUAAGGUUUUCCUGCAUCAAGCAGCAUGCAACACUCUAAAGAUGAUGGCAAAUUCUGGCAUGACCAGUGAACUACUUGUAAGGAGACAACAUCUGGUACAGGAUACCUGGCAGAGUUUAAGAAAUGAAUACAGAAAUCACCAAGCCCUUAGGGUGCAUUUUGUAGGUGAACCAGGGAUUGAUGAGGGUGGGCCAUCCCAGGAGUUCUUCACCAUCAUCAGUAGGGUCCUUUGUGCUCCAGAAGAACAGAUAUUCAGGCACUUCGAAGAAUCACAUCUGAUUUGGUUCUCCCACCAGGUACCAGCGCAGGAAGACAUAUAUUUUCUAAUCGGGAAGCUGUUUGGGAUGGCUCUCUAUAAUAUGAAGAUAGCUGCUUUCCCUUUUCCCCUUGCUCUGUUCAAGAAGAUGGCAAACAUUCAGCCAACCCUGGAAGAUUUAAAAGAGCUCUCUCCUGUAGUAGGAAGUAAUCUUCAGGCAGUCUUGGAUGAAGAUUAUGAAGAUGUCAUUGAAAACAUGAUGUUGGAUUUCACAAUAACAGAAGAACAUGAUGGAUCCAUAGUUGACGUUGAAUUGAAAGAAAAUGGUGUGAACAUUCCGGUUACCAAGUGCAACAGGAAAGAAUACGUUGAUGCUUACGUCAACUACAUGUUCAGUACUUCAGUAGAAAAGCAGUUUGGGGACUUCGUGCGUGGAUUUAAAACAGGCUGCCCAAAUGAAAUUUGGAAAAUAUUUCUUCCUGCUGAGCUCCGUGUUGUUCUCCUUGGACAUACAGAAUACGACUGGGAACAGCUAGAAAAGAAUGCGAAGUACCACGGUUAUGAAAGGUUGGAUGAAACAAUUGAAGAUUUUUGGGCUGUGUUUCAUGCUCUUCCUGAAGAAAAGAAGAAGAAUUUCCUCUCUUUUCUCACAGGGACCGACUGCUUCCCAGCUCAAGGAAUGGAGCGAUUCACAGUCACUAUUGCGCAUUUGAGAAAAGAAGAUCCAGACCUGUGGUACCCUGAGGCCUCCACUUGCUCCCGAGUCUUGCAUCUUCCUAGAUACAGCAACAGGGAUGUUCUCCAGAAUAUGCUCCUCAUCGCUCUAGAGAACUAUGAAAAAUUUGGCCUCUCUUAAAAAGUCUGGAUGUAAUUUUGCUGUCCUCUGCACCCCACCUCGAAACUGCUGUCGUUCCCCACAAUUUGCUUAAGCAGCUCUUUCCAUCCAAGAGAUAGAGGUCACUGAAACAGUC